AUGUUGCUUGGGGCCAAGCCUAGGCCAAGCAAAAAGGCUCGUCUGGACAAAACAGCCGACGAAGAAACUGCCCCUGAACUGGACAGCGCCCCAAAUCCUGAAGCGGCUAUCUGCGAAGACACGCCCAAUGAUCCGCCAUUGCAAGAUGCUGAUUUUACUGCUGAAGAAAGGCCUAGUGACAUACGCCAACAAGCCACACAAAUCAAUGAUCUGCAAGAAAAUCUGAAAACUCAACAGGCAGAAACCUCCAAGGCCAAGGAUGAGCUGAAAACCGCCUUGACUACUAUGGAGCAGCUCAAGGAGUGGUUCAAGUCUGAGCAGGCCGGCUGGGAUACUGAAAAGGCCGCUUUAACCAGAAGGGCGGAAAAUGCUGAGGCUGCCCUUAAACCGGUGGUGGAUGAGCUGACCAGCGUGAAGCGGCAAGUGCACGGCAUGACUGCUGCUAUCUUUGAAUUAUUAUUUUAUUGGGCGCUCAUCCUGGCCCUCGCGUCCGCGGUCAUGAUGGCCACGGCCGAUGACUGCACUAUCGCCGGCGCAACGCCGCCCACGGCCGUCACCUACCGGGACUACGGCGCCUUCGUGUACCUGGUGUGGGCCAACGUGGCCGCGGCGGUGCUCGAGGCCGCGGCUGUCCACCUGCAGCUCAGCGGCGCCGGCGACGAUGAUGACGACGAGGGAAGCCGGCUCCCAGGAGUCGUGCUGGUCGUCGUCGACGUGCUGGCGCAGGCGCUGCUCUACUCGUCGACGGGCGCCGCGUACGGUUGUGGGAAGGUCGGCGUCGACGUCUGCGUGGCGUUCGGCGCGCAGGUGGGGCGGUCCAAGCUGCUGUCGUUCGGCGCCAGCGUCUCCCUCGGCCUCGCCGCCGUCGUCAAGGACGUGUCGCUGCCGUUCAAUGUCUGGCCCGGCUCGUCGGACUGA